CACAAUGCACUGGCUCCUGGUAUCCUGGUUCUCGGCCCUCCCCUUUCUUCUGGUCUCCAUUUCCUCUUCCGGAGUCUUUCCGCAGUCCUUUUUCCACUUUGUGUAAAGGCUUAUCUAAGUUGUAUUCCAAGAAUAAUUUGGAAUUUACCACUUAAAAACAUACCAGGGUAUGUGGGGAACACGAGUGGCCACUUACCCAGACAGGACUCCGGGCUUUCAUCUUGUCCACCCCCCACCCCCCAACCAGGGGCCAGAUUUGUCUCUAGGCACUGUUUGACCUUAGUUUGAUCUUAUCUGGUUUUUAAAAUUCCACUCCCUUAUUUUACUGCUUUGAACCUAUCAGGAUAGAACAGGGUGACCUUGAAACUUCCGAUCCUCAGCUUCUACUACCUUGCUGAGAGCUGGCAUUACAUUAGGCCGGGAUUUAUGUCCUUCCUGGGGAUUGAACUCAGGCCAUUAUGAAUCCUAGGCAAUCAAUCUACCAACAGAGCUACCAUCAUCAGCUCCCUUGGUUUUUUGAGAUAAGUUCUCAUGUAGCCCAGGCUGCCCUCCAACUCCUGAUUCUCUGCUCUCCAUUUCCCAAAGGUCAGGAAUACAGAUGUGCACUGAUUCAUUUGAGACGUUUAUUAAAGGUUUCUAGAAAUGAAUUUCCGGGGAUCACAGUGAGGCACUGGACUGGCUGUCUUACAGUAUAGGCAGUUUUGUCUCCUUCCUGCUGUUCCAACUACUGCCUUCAAUGCGCCAGGACAGCUAAAAUCAUUUCCGGGGUCCCUCCGGGAGGAGAAGCUAUGUCAGAAAAACCGGAAACCCACACCCACUUCCCAGCGCCCCCUACUGCGCCUGCGCGUCACUCGGCGGCGCGCUCUCCCGAGGCAUUGUGGUUGUUGUAGUCUCCCGGUAUCCUUGGCGCCCACCGUUCCGUGACGCCGCCGCCCCUCAGCCCCACCCCGCAGUGUCCCUCCGGGGCCGCCGCGGGGCCUGCGAACCGGGCGCGGCGUUCAGGCCAGUCAGCUGUUUCUCCUUGGGCAAAGGGCGGAAGCCCGAGCAGCCUGGGGCGGAGCUUCGCGUAGAGCGAACGCCCACCCGUCCUACGUGCUCGUUCGCCUCUGUUCGCUGCGCGCGAGCCGGGAGUCCCCCGCGGCGGGCGGCGGCGGCGGCGUUGGCGGAAGGAGGCGGCGGUGGAGAGAAGCCCGCGGCUGCCGCGGCGAUAGCGAAAUGGCGGAGACCGUAGCGGACACCCGGCGGCUCAUCACCAAGCCGCAGAACCUGAAUGACGCCUACGGGCCGCCCAGCAACUUCCUCGAGAUCGACGUGAGCAAUCCGCAGACUGUGGGGGUCGGCCGGGGCCGCUUCACCACCUACGAGAUCAGGGUCAAGACCAAUCUUCCUAUCUUCAAGCUGAAGGAAUCUACUGUUAGAAGAAGAUACAGUGACUUUGAGUGGCUUCGAAGUGAACUAGAGAGAGAGAGCAAGGUUGUCGUUCCCCCACUCCCGGGGAAAGCAUUUUUGCGGCAGCUUCCUUUUAGAGGAGACGAUGGAAUAUUUGACGAUAAUUUCAUCGAGGAAAGGAAGCAAGGGCUGGAACAGUUCAUAAACAAGAUGAAAUCAUAGAUAAAAGCUAUACUCCAUCUAAAAUAAGACAUGCCUGAGUUUGGCAAGAAGAGGCAAACCCCAAGACCAUGAAUGAUUCGUCCGUACCAAUGAAGACGUUGUAACUAACUUAGCAUGCUGCAGACACUGCUGUAACAAACGCGCACGCCCUGGAUGUACUAACACUCACGCUCCCUUUCAUUCUGUCUGUUUGGCAAGACGUUCAUUUGCUUUAGUGGAAACUCCCUCACUUCUCCAGCCUUUCUAAGUAGCCCUUCCCACCGUGUCCCUCCGUGUGCACUGUAGCCUCAGCCCUGUAGACCUGCAGUGUUCUGACUAAAGCUGCCGACUUGCUCGAAUUUGCAGUUUCUGUGUCGUGUGCUUCUUGAAUCUGAUUGACUAGGAUAUUUCUCCCCACCCCUGAUGUGUGAUGUCACCACUUGGUCCUAAUUUAUGUGCAGGAGCACGACACCAUUUGUCUCCAGUGCCACACAUACGAGGUGUACUUUGUGUGCAGAAUGUGUCUUCCUUCUGGCCUGUAAUCCCCUUCACAUGAGAGAUUAAUGAGGGAAAUCUUUAUAUUCUGUAUAAAACAAAAUCAAAUUUAUAUACUAAAAUCAUUUGUCUAAAAUUUAAGUUGUUUUCAAAUAAAAGUUGAAAUGCA